CAUGUCGGCCCCGCCCCUCACACAGCUGCAUGCCAUUCACUCAUCGUAUCAUGGGCGCAGUACCCCUACACGUGUCAUCUCUCAUGGCAUUCCAUCGACAUGGCACCAAAAGUGACUGUCUCUCUCAAUUAUUGACACCGUCUUCACCCAUCCAGCUGCACCUCCACAUCGUCCCUCGGCACCUCGCCCGCCUCCUCCUCGGCACACUCCUGAAAGUCGUCCUUUUCGCUCUUGGUGCCUGGCGAAAGGUCGCCGAUCAGCGCAUUCGCCUCGUCUGCGGCGACUGGAAAGUUGGGUCUUGUGACAGAAUGGAAGACGGAUUGGCGGGGGUGGCGGUGACGGAGGGGUGGGGGCGGCAAAGGGCAGCUCCUGCUGCUGUCCGUUGACGAAAUGAUGGCGGCUCCCUCGGGCGGCGUGAUGAAGGCAGCGGGCAUCGCCUCAAAGGCGCCUUCAGAUGGGUCGCCUCCCAGCACCAGUGGGGUGGUCUGCAGCACGUGGCUGUGACCCCUCGCCAGCUCCUUGCCCUUCUCCAGGACGGGCUGGGCCAUCUUCAGCACCAAGUGGAGGAAACUGCCGUCCUUCUUUGAGCGGUAUGACGGCCGUCUCUGUCUCUUGGCGUGGCGGGGGUGACGGGGGAGGGG